GAUUCCCUUUCUUCCUGACAGGGCGCGUGAAGUGGAACGUGGUAUUUAAUUUGACAAUAAUAAAAUUAGUGUGCGACUUGUUUUUGCAAAAAUUACAAAAGGUACUAAAGUGCAGUGCAUCACUCAUUGUGGUGGAAAUUAAUCCUUAUGCGUCCCCGUACUCGUACGUAUUCUGGUUUCUGGUAUUAACCUUGAAAACAACUCUAAAGCACCCCCAUUAAGACAACUAUCAAUAUUGUGUGUCACUUAAAACAUAUCAUAAUUGGUGGAAUUUGCUGUGUUAGUCCCACAAAAUAAAGGCACAACCAAAGAUUGAGGGUUUUGGACAAUAAAGUUAAAAGCUCCUGCAUUGGAUCUAGAAAAACAGCAUCACAAAUCACAAGUGGUCUGUUGAACUAGAAAAUAAAUUUGGCAAAUAUGAAUCAAUGGAGGAACAAGCAUGAAGUUCUCCGGGACCUUGCCGAGGUCUCCGACUACGGUCCACGAUGCACACUGAACUUGAACCCAGUUACUGACAAACCACACAUAUAUGCCACUGAGGAUACAGAUUUGAAUGAAAUAGCAGACUACUAUGGUUUCCCGAAAAAUACUUCAUCAGAAAGAUAUGUGAAGCCUAAUCUUCGUUGCAUCACACAGAUGAUAGAUAUGGUACGGGAGGAGGGUGACCUGCCAGACUACUCGUGUGAUAGACGAUCGAGGCCGCAGCAACCAACUCAGAUAGUAGAAAUUAGUAAGCUCAACCCUAAUGUGACUGAGUUUGUACCGAAAGUAGCCUCUAACAGUACCGAUUCUGACAAUAGUAAUGCAAGUACCCCUAGCUGUAGUAAUGCUAAGACUGACGUUCUAGUACCUAAGGAAAAUGUUGACUUGGCCAAAAAUACGGAUGCAGUCCAUAAUGAGGCCGAAAAAGUAAAAACUUUAGAUUUGGAUAUAAACAAAAGAAUUGACGUGUCAACACUGGAUCCGACCGAGGCCGAAGUAUUGGCAGAGAAAAUCAAGUCACAGAUUGACAAAAUCCCGGCCGCAGCCUCGUUUGAGAGCCGGUUUCUGAAGAAUGCCGCCUUGUCGUCGCUGAUGAAGGUGUACUCGGUGGCUGCUCCUCCCCCAGCGGAGAGCUGCACGAAGCUGUUGACACCCGAUUACUUCAUGAAAGCUAAUGACGCAGAUAACACCGUAUCGAAAGAGACUAAAGAAAGUGCAACAGACUUCGAGAAAGCCACUGAGUGCGACAUCACUGUCGACGAAAUCAAGGCGUCUAUUCAGAAGGUGAAAAAUUGGCAAGACUCAAUCACAGAAAUUGAAAUUGCCAAAGACGUUGAGAUUCCUGCCAAGGAGGUGAUACAAACUCCUCCAAAAGUGUUCAAACCGGUGGUUCAGCUGGCUCCCCCCACUUACAGAAGGAAAGAGAAGGCCACAAAGAGCCCACAGACUACACUCCAGACCACAUCAAGCAGUGGCACGACGUCCAGAAGCUCAGUUUACUCUCAGCCAGCAGUAUCGCCGGUUUUACCAAAGACCUACGUUCCUUCGCAAAAGGCCACGGAACUUUAUGAAAAGUUUUCGAAAAACGCCGAAAUGGCGCAGAAGCCGAAAGUGGGAUCAAUGUGGGAUCAACUGGAGAAACAGUUGAAGGAGAAAGACGCGGCUUUGAAAAAAAAGCAAAUGCAAAGUUCGGAGUAGGUUUGCGGAGCCUGUGAAGGAGGAGUAAUCAGGCUCUUACAGUGAAGGAAAACAUCUUGAACCAACCUUCGGCUGUUAACCUAGUAUAUUUUAUUUCGAUAAGAAUUAAACUAAGAUUUAGCAGAUUUUGCACAGCAAUAUGCGGAUGUUAGAGUAUAAGGGUCACUUUUACCAAACGCUAAACGUAUUUAUUUAAGUCAAAUUUUAAAUACAUUUUGUACCAACAACUGACAAACGUUUGACAUACUACUUAAUACGUUUGGUGAAAUUCCAUAUUAUGGCAUGUGUAGUUACAGUAGUAAUACGACAGGUAGCCAUUAUCUAGACAUUUUGAAACAGAAUAUGAACUUUGCCUCAUUCUAAUGUGGUCCUACUUAAAUUUUUACGGAC